CGAGCGUUAGCGAUGAAGUUAGUAGCGACGUUGCUUCUGUCGCUAAUCAUUCUUCGUAGAUUAUUAUUCGCGCGUUUCUCCUUCGCCCAUUGUCAGUUUAUCGAUCUUUUAAGCGCACGUAAAUACGUUCACACCGGUUCAACCGUAAACGAAUGCACUGGGCAUCUCGAUUGAUCUCUUUCUUCAUUUUUACAGUGACGUUGGAUCCUCGGUAUUUGUAUACGCACAACGGAAAAUUAUCAUGCUUAUGAAACAAAAUGCCGAAAAACAAGAAGAACGAAUUUCCAUCGUACGAAAAUUCCAGCCAUUUUCGAUACGAAAUUACCAUAAAAACCAAGUUUCAGUGUAGUGACUCGAAUAAUAUUUCGUUUUGAUAUGCAAAGAGAAACAGUAUGUCCAUCGAGAAAGAAGGAAGAAGGAAAUUCUUCGAAAGUGCAUAUCGCAUGAAACUGACUACUGGAUUUUAUGUUUUGUUAUUUGGCCUAACAACGAUACUUACUUUUUGCAAAGCGAAACAAGUAGAUAUCGAUGGAUUUCAAAGAGGUUGCAAACUUGAAGGGUUACAUCCACUUUUGAUCGUUACAUAUAAGAAUAUUACAAUAUCCGUAGACAAGAUUACCGUACCACACGGAGAACGUGUAACAGUAAGAUGUAGAGAACUUGGCAAGUAUAAGCUCAUUGGUGAUUCUCUGUUGCACUGUCGUAACGCAAGUUGGAACGGGAAACUACCCUCUUGUACGCCGACCACAGCGAUUUCUAAUUAUACAGGAGAAACAGAGGAUGUACCGCCAACGAUCGUGUUUGGAUUACCGGCUGGUUCAGCUGCCGUUGAACCAUCGGGUGUGCUCGCCGUUUUCCCUGGAAGCAUCCUCCAUCUGGAGUGUCUAUUCGCUAGAAAACUUGGUAAUCCCGAAUGGACUUGGACCUCGACGUUUCGUCAAUAUUUAACCGGAUGGGCAAUUGCUGCUCGUGAAAGAGAUUGGAAAUAUCGCUUGUCGAUAUAUUACGCGAAAGCUCAAGAUUCAGGAGUGUAUACGUGUUCUACACCGCGCGGGUUAUCCAAUUCUAUACGGGUCCACGUUGUGGAUGUCCAAUGUCCCGUUUUGAAUUUACCCGAACCGUUAAUUGGCAAAAUCGAAGGUGCACGAAUGGGUCAUGGAGCAGCAUUCGAGUGUCCUGCUGGAUUUAAAUUGAAAGGCGCGGCUGGCAUAACAUGUCAAUAUAACGGUAAAUGGUCAGCAGAAAUGCCGGAAUGCAUAACAAUUACAUGUCCAUCCGUGGAAAUACUCGAUGACACGCGACUGCAACUUCUCGAAUAUAAUAAUACUUUCGGUAGUAGAGCAAUAUUUACUUGUAUGUGGGGUCAUAAAUUAUUAGGACCACAAAGCAUAGAAUGUCAAGGUGAUGGUUCAUGGAGCGGAGAUAAGCCUAGUUGCGUAGAAAUCACUUGUCCGAUUCCAUUGAUACCAAAGAGCGGGCGUAUUAUGGAACAAACAAAUCGUCAUAAUUCAGGAAGGAAGCAGCAUCAAACGCGUGUGUACAAAGUUGGAGCGCUCGUCAGAUUUGUUUGCUUACCUGGUCAUCAGUUGUUAGGUGAGGCCUCUAUAAUAUGUACAGAGAAUGGAACGUGGUCUCAUCCGUCUCCGGUUUGUAAGUUUUCAAUAUUAUUUGUAAUAAUUUUGAAUUACGUGAAUUUAUUUUUUUUUCUAUUAUUAAUAACGUUUCGACGAUUAGGCAAAGUAAGAUGUCCAUAUCCAGGUGAUCCGCCUCAUGGACGUAUUGCACCUCUUAAAUUUUGGUACAAACCAGGUGAUAACAUACAAGUAAGAGAAAAAAAACAACGAAAAAUGAAACCUUUUCUUCUAUUCUUAUUCUAUCCCUAUUUUCCUUUCUGUUUUAUUUCUGUCAAUCGUAAUAAAUAUCUCAUCAAUGUAAUUAAUGAUAAAAUGAAACCUAUAAAUAAACAAUUUUCAUAGGUUUCAUUUCAUUUUUUGAUUAUUUUAAUUAUUAUAUUGUUAGGUAACCUGUUCUCCGGGAUAUGUAACGCCUUUGGAACCUGUAAGAAAGCCGACCUGUCGGGAAAACGGAAUAUGGAGUGCACCCCCACCACCUUGUAGAUCAUAUAAAGAUGUUUAAAGAGGGAAAAAAAUUGAACUUUAAGGAAAACUUAUCGAUGAUAGCAUUUCGUACCAAUGUAUCAUAUUGUAAGGUGCGAAAAAAUUCAAUUCCAUACCGUACCGCCUGAUUAAUGAAUUAUGCUACGUCAUAAAGAAUUCCAUUAAAAAAAACGUUACAUACACGAUCUGGUGCAUAAAUUAGCACCAUUACUUGAUCGAAAAAGUAAACGAUACAUAUCAACGAAUCUACACGAUCGAAUUUUCAUCCAUUCAAAAUGAUUAAUCGCCUAUAUCAGUUGUUGUUUUCUACAAACAAUGUCAUUUCAUUGAUUGUUAACAUUGUAUAUGCUAUUCGAGAUAUAUACAUUUGAUGCGUAAGAAUUUUGACGACGGUACGUAAAUUUAGAUUCCGAUUUCGAGGUUAAUCGAGGUCAUAAUUAACCUCUCAAGUUAUUUAAUAAUAAUAAUAAUAAUAUCGGACAUUUUUUUACUAACAAAAACUAUUAUAAUAUACAUACCAUAAAAUUACAAAAACAAAUGGAACAACGAUUGUGUCAUUUAAAAAGAAGUUGUAUGAGCUUAGAAUAGAAAAAGCCAAAUAGAAUUGCGUGCACAAUAUGAUGAUAAAAGAAGAAAGAAAAGAAAGAAAGAAAGAGAGAGAGAGAGAGCGGAGAGAAGGGGAAGCCAUGUAUAUUCAGGAUACGUGUGCAAUAAAAGAAUGCGAUAUAGAUUGUACGAUGCCUAAUUCUAACCUUUAGGAAUAUCUAGGAUCUCACAUUUUCCCCUUGUAUGUGAUAUGUCUUUGUAUGUAAAAUAAAAUUACGUUAUUCUCUAAAA